AAAAAUGAACAUUUUUUGUAGAAACAAACAGAAUAUCUGGAGCACCGCAGUGACCAAUGCCAAUGUCGAGCAGAAUAUAAAAAUUGGAAAUUCAUGUUGAGCAUUUAAUCCGUUGCAUUUCACCUGCACAGAACAACGCACGCUUAGCUAAAAAUUAAAAUCGAACAUGACCAGCAGCGAUACACAAAGUGACUAUUUACAGGGGAUUCCCAUGAUACGGAAACUGACAACAAACGAACUAUUAACAGAUAAAACAGCUACAACAGCUAGAACAGCUAGAACAGCGCCAAAUGCAAUUUUAUCUCAGUUGCUGAUAUCAUUGAGCGUUCUGCUUUUAGCAUAUGGCAGCAUCACAACAACCAGUGUCAAUGCAAUGCUGUUUGCUGAUGCAGCACCCGUCGACAGCGAAACCGCAAUCAGCACGGGCAGCGAGGUAGCACGCGCAUGGCGGUUGAUUAAGCGCAGCGAAUGGGAGGCACGAGAACCCAGCGAUUCCGUAAAUUUCACUGGACCUGCACCAUAUGUCAUCAUACAUCAUUCGUACAAUCCUGGCGUAUGUUUAACGGAGGACGCUUGCAAGGCAUCAAUGCGUUCGGUGCAAAAUUUUCAUAUGGAUGAACACGGCUGGGCCGAUAUUGGUUACAGUUUUGCCGUAGGCGCUGAUGGCAAUGUAUAUGAAGCACGUGGUUACAAUGUGGUUGGCGCACAUGCACCAAAUUAUAACAGUCAAAGCAUUGGUUUAUUAUUAAUUGGCAAUUUUGUUGAGAAACUGCCGCCGGCUCCAAUGCUGCAGGUGGCACAGGACUUUAUUAAAUAUUCAAUUGAAACUGGACAGUUGCGUAAAGAUUAUAUUCUGUACGGACAUAGACAGGUGCGCGAUACUGAAUGUCCUGGCGCUGCACUAUACGCGGAAAUACAAAAAUGGAAACAUUGGCGGGAAGUUGCAUAGAAACAAACAAACUAUUUAAGGAUUAGUUUUAUGUCCGAGCACUCGAUGUAAAUGAGAUUAUAUAAAUGAGAUUACACUUAA